UUUACACUGUAGCGUGCGCAGCUUGCCCCGGCAGAUGGUCUGUGUAACUCCACCGCUCCGCUGACAUCCACCUCCUCCAGGCUGAUGUUUAAUGUCAGAACCGGGCCAGCCCUGACACGGGCGGCAGGGGCGGACAAUCCCUUUAAGCUGUUCCUCUGCACCCGGAGACUACGGUCCUCGACCCCGGCGACCCAGACGGAGCCGCAGGACGAUGUCAGCAGCCGCCUCGGCUCUCAACAUGACUCGGCACGGUCGGAGUACCCCGGACAGCCCGGGAGAGGAGGCAGAGACGGUACCACCACCACCACCACUACCGCCGCAGCUGCUAAUGAGAUCUCCGUAGACUUUGACCAGACACAGGGGGCUUAUAAGAGCAAAGACUCAUUAGAGCUGCUCAGAAGUUUGGUGGUUUUCAAACUCUGCUCCUAUGACUUCCUGGUUGAUAAGAAUACCGAGAUUAUGGAUCUCGGUAAGAAGAUCAUGGGCCAGAAAGCCUUCAACCAGUUCAUGAAGAUGACAUUUUAUGGCCAGUUUGUCGCCGGUGAGGACCACAUGGCCAUCAGGCCGCUGAUCCAAAGGAAUCAGGCCUUCGGCGUGGGAUCCGUCCUGGACUACAGCGUGGAGGAAGACAUCAGCCAGGAGGAGGCCGAGCAGAAAGAGAUGGACUCGUGUGUAUCUGCUGCAGAAAAAGAGAGCAAAGGUGGGGACCACAGAGAGAAGAAAUAUAAAGCGCACAAACAGUUCGGGGACCGUCGCGGGGGCGUGACUGGAGCCCGCACGUAUUUCUACGCCGAUGAGGCCAAAUGUGACCAGCAUAUGGAGACUUUCAUCAAAUGCAUCAAAGCAUCUGGUGGGAGUUCAAUGGACGGGUUUUCUGCCGUCAAAAUGACUGCUCUUGGGCGACCUCAGUUUCUGCUCCAGUUCUCAGAGGUCCUGGUGAAAUGGCGGCAAUUUUUCAUCUUUCUGGCAUCACAGCAGGGGAAAGACGGCGUGGAGGCCUUAGAGCAGAGGCUGGAGCUGAAACAAAUGCAGGAAUUCCUGACCAAACUGGGAGCUAAAGGUGAUUUUUAUGGCUGGUUUACUGGACGAAAAGACGAAUCGCCUGGAACCAUUGACAUGCUCGACUGGAACGGCCUGAUAGAUGACAGAACAAGCAUAUCGGACCUGCUGGUUGUCCCAAAUGUAGAGCUAGGUGAGCUGGAGCCGCUGCUGGAGAAGUUCACUUCAGAAGAGGAGCAACAAAUGAAGAGGAUGUUACAGCGCAUGGACAUCCUCGCCAAGUGUGCCAUUGAGAAUGGUGUUCGUUUGAUGGUGGAUGCAGAGCAAACCUACUUCCAGCCGGCUAUCAGCAGACUGACAUUAGAGAUGCAGAGGAUCUACAACAAAGAGAAGCCUGUCAUCUUCAACACCUACCAGUGUUAUCUCAAGGAGGCCUACGACAACGUGACUAUGGAUGUGGAAUUGUCUCGACGUGAGGGUUGGAGUUUUGCAGCCAAGCUGGUGCGCGGAGCCUACAUGUAUCAGGAGAGAGAGAGGGCCAAAGACAUCGGUUAUGAGGAUCCUAUUAACCCAGAUUAUGAGUCUACCAACAUAAUGUACCAUAGGUGUCUGGACUAUGUGCUGGAUGAGAUUGCGCUCAACGGAAAUGCAAACGUUAUGGUGGCUUCCCAUAAUGAGGACACGGUGAAACACACCUUGAGGAGAAUGAAUGAGCUGGGUCUCUUACCCACAGAGAACAAGGUGUACUUUGGUCAACUACUGGGCAUGUGCGAUCAGAUCAGCUUCCCGCUGGGCCAGGCGGGCUUCCCCGUCUAUAAGUACGUCCCCUACGGGCCGGUCAACGAGGUGAUGCCCUACCUGUCUCGAAGGGCCCAGGAGAACCGAGGCUUCAUGAAGGGAGCCCAGAAGGAGAGGGAGCUGCUGUGGAAGGAGCUGAAACGCAGACUCGCCUCUGGGGAGAUUCUCUACAGACCGACGUACUGAAAACACAGAAGAAGAGACAAAGAGUGUGUCAACGUGUCAAGGUUUCAUCUCCUGGAGUUGACGUGUGCUGCUGUGGCUGUCUGUUCCCUCUCUCAGCUCCUCUUCUACGCCGUCCUGGAGUUUCCUUGCUGACGGACUGUUUCUGCAUGUCACUCUCUUAUUCUGUCCUCGCCUUGUUGUUUUUCUCCAUUCUGUGUUGUUACCCCCCAUCUUUUCCUUUGUGUACUGCCCAUGUUCUCUCUAUUUCUUUGCCUUAUCCGCCUCUGCAUCACAUUUUAUGUUGGACUAAAUGACUAAAAAAGACACAAAAAGACAAAAUGACUAAAAAAGACACAAAAUUACCAAAAAAGACACAAAAUUACC